AGUAAAAUCCCAUCAGACGAUAGUUUCAUUUUGUUUCUCGUGCAUUCUACGAUGUCAAUCAGCCGGCUGCAAUCGUGCUCAACACUCGCUAGAGGACUUCUAUUUUCUACUAAUUCGAUUCGUUUGUUCGUUUCCUCCGUGGCCAAAAGCAUGGAUAAGCACCAAGUGGUUCCGGACGUUAUUCCGGUGGCUCCGGCCGAAGUUGCCAAGGUGAGUUACGCAAGCGGUGCCGUCGUCAACGAAGGAAACGAGUUGACCCCGACCCAGGUGAAGGAUGUUCCGAAGGUGGAAUGGAACGCGGACAGUGCCGCCCUCUACACUCUGUGCAUGACCGAUCCGGAUGCUCCGAGCCGCAAGGAACCGACCUAUCGCGAAUGGCACCACUGGCUGGUGGGAAACAUUCCCGGUGGGGAUGUGGCCAAGGGUGAAACCCUGUCGGAAUACGUCGGCUCGGGACCCCCGCAAGGAACCGGACUUCACCGGUACGUGUUCCUGGUGUACAAGCAGAACGGCAAGCUCACGUUCGAUGAGCCCCGUCUGACCAAUCGGAGCGGAGAUAACCGCGGUGGGUUCUCCAUCCGGAAGUUUGCCGAAAAGUACAACCUCGGCAAUCCGGUAGCCGGAAACUUCUACCAAGCCGAGUGGGACGACUAUGUGCCGAUACUGUACAAGCAGCUCGGCGCUUAAAAGUCAAUUAUUGCCGUUGAUUGGUAAAUUGCAUUCGAGUUUUUUUCUGUUCGAUGAUUAUGUCGUGUCUUUUUAAAGCAAAAAAUAAAUAAAUCACAUGCCUGAUAAAAAUAAAUAAAACAUUGUUUUCUU